AUGGCGGCUUUGAAAGGCGUUUCCGUUGCUCUCUUUGCGCUUUUUGGCGGCGCUCUAGUUGGCUUCGCGGCGGCGGCCGACCCGGACCCCCUGGUAGACUUUGUCCCGGUCGACGCUCUAGGCGACGCGCAGUUCAAAUUCGCCCUGGGGAACUCUACCGGGAUAGUCGGCCCGGGGGGGCAGAUCCAGCCGGCGAACGUCAUCAAUUUUCCGGCGCUGACGUCUCAAGGGCAAUCCCUCGUGCGAUUCAACCUGAGGCCGUGCGGUCAGAACCCUCCCCACACGCACCCCCGUGCAAGCGAAGUGAUCUUCCUCAUCUCUGGAGGACCACUUCUGGUGGGCUUUGUUGACACUACCGGGAUCCCCCACCUCAACGCGCUGAUGCCCGGAGACGUGACCGUCUUCCCCCGGGGGCUGGUUCACUUCCAGCAGAACUUCGGCACGGAGAACGCCAUCUAUAUCGCCGGCCUCAACAGCCAGAACCCGGGGGUCCAGCCCAUGUUCACCGCACUGGGCGCUUUCCCGGCGCCCGUCUUGGCGACAGCCCUUAACACCUCGGUGGCUAACCUGACCCUGACUGCGCUGCCCAAGAACGGGGCGCCUCCCCUAGGGUCGGCCGCCUCAGGAUGCGUGCCCGGAAGCCUCCCCCCGGGCAUCAGGGUUUAA